GCCAGCGGUGCGGGGUUCCCCCUCCCCUCCCCUCCUCUCCGGCCACAGCUGGCCAGCGGUGCGGGGUUCCCCCCUCCCCUCCUCUCCGGCCACAGCUGGCCAGCGGUGCGGGGUUCCCCCUCCGUCCCCGGGGUGCAGUGCCCCCUCCCCUUCCCUCUGGCCACAGCUGGCCAGCGGUGCGGGGUUCCCCCUUCCGUCCCCGGGGUGCAGUGCCCCCUUUCCCUCUUGGCACAGCUGGCCAGCAGUGCGGGAUUCCCCCUUCCAUCCCUGGGGUGUAAUGCCCCUCUCCCCUCCGGGCACAGCUGGCCAGCGGUGCGGGGUUCCCCCUUCCAUCCCCGGGGUGUAAUGCCCCUCUCCCCUCCUGGCACAGCUGGGCAGCGGUGCAGGGUUCCCCUUCCAUCCCCCAGGGUGCAACGGCCCCUCCUCUCCUGGCACAGCUGGCCAGCGGUGUGGGGUUCAUCCCUUCCCCCGAUGGUACAGGCCGACAGCAGCGCACCUGGCCCUCCCCUCCAGGCACAGCUGGACAUCGGUGCUGCUGAUCUCAGGCCCUGGAUGAUGAGACCUUUAUGAAGCCCAUCCCUUCACCAGUGGAUCAGCAGCAGGCUCCUUGUCAGCAGCACAAUGUGGUGUCCCAAGCAGCACUGUGUGAGGCUGAGGUGAACUCAGGAGAAAAAGACCACCCCGGCAACAGCUAGGAUGACCAAAGCACGGCUGUUCCGCCUCUCGGUGGUGCUGGGUUCCGUGUUCAUGAUUCUGCUGAUCAUUGUGUACUGGGACAACGUGGGGACAGCUCAUUUCUACCUGCACACGUCCUUCUCCAGGCCUCAUGUCCCGGACACUCCGCCCACCGCUGCUCAGGAUGAAGAACGCGAAGGCUUGUUGGACAUGGAUGAGUUUUUAGAGAAGCUUCUGAGUUCUGGCCUGAGGCAGAAUGGUCCCUUGAACAGAAAGACGGAGCAGGCCCCACUGCAGGGCUCCAGCAGGCCUGACUUGGGCAACCUGGAGGAGAACGUGAGAGGCUAUGACUGGUCCACCCGCAUGGCCAGAGUGAGCCUGGACCAGGAGAAGCUGCAGGCUGAGCGGCGGAGGGCACUGCGGGAGUUCUGUGCCAAUUCCAGUUUCACCUUCCCCGCUAAGGAGCGUUCCUUUGACGACAUCCCCAACUACGAGCUGAACCACCUGAUCGUGGACGACCGCCACGGCAUCAUCUACUGCUAUGUCCCCAAAGUGGCCUGCACCAACUGGAAGCGGGUGAUGAUCGUGCUGAGUGAGAGCCUGCUGGAUCAGGGGGUCCCCUACCGGGACCCCCUGGAUAUUCCCCGAGAGCACGUCCACAACUCCAGCACCCACCUGACUUUCAACAAGUUCUGGCGCCGCUACGGGAAGUUCUCCCGCCACCUCAUGAAGAUCAAGCUGAAGAAAUACACCAAGUUCCUCUUCGUACGUGACCCCUUCGUGCGGCUCAUCUCUGCCUUCCGCAGCAAGUUCGAGCUGGAGAAUGAGGAGUUCUACCGGCGCUUUGCCAUACCCAUGUUGAAGCUCUACUCCAACCACACCAACCUCCCCACAUCUGUUAGCGAGGCCUUCAAGGCGGGCCUCAAAGUCUCCUUCCCUGACUUCAUCCAGUACUUACUGGACCCCCGGACAGAGAAGAUGGCCCCUUUCAAUGAGCACUGGAGACAGGUUUACCGCUUGUGUCACCCGUGCCAGAUAGACUAUGACUUUGUCGGGAAGCUGGAGACCCUCAACGAAGAUGCAGCUCAUCUGCUGCAGCUUCUCAAGGUGGACAGGCUCCUCCACUUCCCCCCCAGCUACCGGAACAGGACUGCCAGCAGCUGGGAGGAGGACUGGUUUGCCAAAAUUCCUCUGGCCUGGAGGCAGCAGCUCUACAAACUUUACGAGGCUGAUUUUGUACUCUUUGGCUACCCCAAGCCAGAAAAUCUUCUUAAAGACUAAAAACAAUUGGAAAUUGGAGGAGCGGGGAGGGGGAUUACCAAAAAUAUUUAAAACUUCACAGUAUCCUCCUCUUAACCUCCCAACCCAGGAAGAUAAAAUUCAGUAUAUUUUUUCUACUCAUCCCCUUCCAAAUUUGCAAGAAUCCAGGAUACUCCAGCCAGCUGUAAAUCACCAGAAUACCCCCCUCUCCCUUUGUGAUCAGACGACUUCCUCGUUCGGCUCUGUCGUUCCGUCACUUUUUAUUAAUACUUUUUAAAAAUUAAUAUAUUUAAAAUAUUUAAUACAAAUUGUGUCUUGUGGGGAAGGAAGAGGUGGAGUAAAAAACAAAGCCCCUGCCCCCGUGUGUGGUCUCAGUGCUUUGUGUGUGCCGGAGGCCCGCUUCCAGGAGUGCCUGGGGUUUACAAGCCACUCGAGGCUAAACUCGGAGCUGGCGUGUGCAGGCACCGCCCCGUUGAUCUUAGGGCACUUAUCCUUGCUUACGCCAGGUCUGAAUUUGGCCCCCAGUAGGUUAGACCCAGCAUGACGUUGCACAGCUGGAGUACGAGCAAUGACAGGAUGGUGCAUGGGGACCUGAGCAGGUGACUGGUGAAUUGGCAAAGGCAGGUCAGGCAAAGAGAGCAGGUCCGAGAGAGGGGGUGGGACACUUGGUGCCCAAGUGUUAAAGGCCCUGUCUUGUUUCAGGAAGAAAUUCUCUCCUGGGCCUGGACAGAGGGCCAAUUGGAGUCCUAAUGGGAGUGUAUAGGCAGCAGCGGGCAUUUCACCCGUAGGAAAUCCGGAUCACUUAUAAAACCUUUUUUCCUCAGUGGUAGCGUGGUGGUCCAGUCAACCUGCAUGCAUGGUAUGGCUUCGUUAACAGCAUCCUGUUCUGUGGUACCCGCGUAGGAGUGGGCUGUUAUCUCAGAUCAGCCUUUAUCAGUGCUCUGAGGCUGAACUCCUCUCUUUCAUGUGCUGGUUUCUACCUGUCCACGUGUUUGUGUGCUCAGCUUGCUCCUGGAUGAAGCAGUCUGCAGAUAUCAGCAACUGGGUUUCAAAUAAACAAAAAGCAGCUCAAGAGAGAACAGCCAUCUGGGAGCAUCAAUCCAUCUAAGUCUGGGUGUUUCUUUUUAGGGCCAGGCCGCUUGACCCUAUCACUGGCCUCGAAUUCAACACAGGCAAUCUCUAGACGUGUGACACAUUCACAGCCCCAAACUAAUUAAGAGAACAUGGCUGUGGUGCGUGGCUGGGAUACUUACUGCCAGAUGGCUGUUAAAGCAAAGCAAAGAGGUGUGCUGCCGUUGCUCGUGACAUGAUGUCCCAGUCCCCUGACUCUCUGUUCACACCAAAUGAUUGAUGUAGGUUUAAUCAUCUGCUUUGAUGGACACCGCUGCAGGAAGUGAUGGUUGCUUGCCAUGCCAGAGAUGUGUGGGCUGUUCCCAAAGGAAAUGUAUGCUUUUAGAAAUA